GCAGCUCAUCUGGGUUCUGGUCCUGAUGGUUGUGCUGGUUCUGUUGCAGGGAUCAAAAGGAGAUAAUGGAGUGAUUGGCCCAAUCGGACCCAGUGGGCCUCAGGGGCCGGCUGGCCUCCCCGGUCCCCCAGGAGUACCUGCCUCAGGCCUCUACAUGGUGGGAGCGAAAGGAUCGAAAGGGCAGCCAGGAAACCCCGGCCAGUGCAACUGCCCCACCCCCCUCAACCUGCACGGCACUCCUUACGAGCAGCUCCCCUUAAGGGGCAACUACCCCAAAGUACCCGCGAUCUUCGUGGUGGACAACGGUGAAGAGCUGGAUCGUCUUCAGUAUGACAACGCUCUGGCUUUCCGCAAGGACCAGCGCGCUCUCUACUUUAAGGACAUCGAGGGAUGGCUGCCCAUUCAGCUGACGCCGUUCCAGUCCACGGAGAACGCUCCAGAUCCAGAAGGGUUCUGUGGCGACGGAACCGUCCAGCCCCAGAACGGAGAGGAGUGUGACGACGGAGACAAGGUGGUGACGGACAGCUGCAUCAGAUGUAAGCAUGCGUACUGUGGGGAUGGAUAUCGCCAUGAGGGAGCUGAAGAAUGUGACGGCAAAGACUUCGGCUAUCAGACAUGCAAGUCCUACUUACCCGGGUCGUACGGACACCUGAGGUGCACAUCCCAGUGCUUCAUCGACUCCACAAACUGCAAGUACUUCACCUGAGCUCCGGAGUGGGUCGAGCAGCGCCGCGCCGCUCACGACCGACCGACCCGGUUCACACAGCGGGCCGCCGCUGCAGACCAGACGAGAGACUCUAACCUCAAGGCGACAACGACACUCCGCGAGGAGAAGCGAACUCAUUAAAAACAGACCUCCUUUGCUUUCCCAGCGAGCCACACGCCGCGGCGCCACCUGAGUUGGGACCGGUUCCCCUUGGCCACCAGGACACUUCAGUGCUCUCAGUCUUAACCCUGCUCUGGAACUCUGGAACUCUGGAACUCUGAAACCUCACGGGCGCCUCAGCUUAUUCUGGCUCGGCGCCAGAACUCUCAUUCUGCCCUUUGACCCCCUCUGGGAAACCUGUCGUCAAGCCAACACCCUUUUACCCUGACUAUGCAACCCACCCCCCCCCCCCCCCCCGGGUGCCGUGUCUACUGUGAUGUAAAUACGUAAAUAUGGCUUUUGCAUGUCGGCUGUAACCACGGUAACAGAAGUCCUUUCCUUCCUUGCUGUGAUGUUCCUCUGGCAUGUUAUCUUCAAAACCAAACUUACGAAACUGAAACUGAAACUGAAACUGAAACUAUGUGUAUAGAGCAAAUAUAUUUCCAUAGACAGCACACCACAAUGCAGAUAACUGCACUGAUUCCUGGGCUUGUUGAAGGCAGCAGGCUGUGCUCCGUGUUUCUGGAAUAUUACUGCGAACAUAUGGGCCGCCACACAGGUCUGCAAGGCCAAGGGACAACCACCUCUGCUCCAUCGUUGGUUAAAGGUCACGGCUGAUAUGUGGUUGAUACUUCCUGGUUAACAUGGGAUGACACGUUUCACUCUCAUCAAGUACCCUCAGCUAUCUGAUUGGCUGUCAUGGUUGAGCCCCUCGUUCUGAUUGGCUGUCAUGGUUGAGCCCCUCGUUCUGAUUGGCUGUCAUGGUUGAGCCCCUCGUUAUGAUUGGCUGCCCCUCGUUAGUGCUUCUGACUUGUUAGGGCGUCUUACUUGAAAGAGCUUCUGACUUGUUAGCACAUCUGGCUUAUUAAUAAUAAUAAUAAUAAUAAUAAUAAUUUAUUUUAUUUGUAAUGCACUCUUCAUUCAAAAGAAUCUCAUAUUAGUGUCUGACUAGUUAGUGCGAUGGACUCAUGAGUACAUCUUGUGUGUUUGACUCUUUACUGUAUCUUGUGUGUGUGACACGUUAGUGAGACUGACUCCUUAGUGUGAUGAGGUGGUCACGUCUAACUCUCCCACUGUAAGCCGUUUGGCUCUAAGGGCGUCAGUGUGAGGUGAAGGCUGUUAAACCCCCCAUGGAAAGGCUGUUAAACUGUUCGACUCGUUUUAUAACUGUGUACUGUCCAUUCAAGCCCAGGUAGGUGCCGUCCCUGGAGCAGUUUUUGGCCCGGGUGAGGACCGGUUCCGCGUCCAAACGGGGCCCGAUCUGCUCCAGAGUGGACGGCUCUUGGACACUGCUCUGGGCGGAGGGCCUUUGCUGCUGUUUUGGCUCAGUACUGUUCUUCUGGGUCUGGGCUGGGCUCAGUACUGUUCAGGCUCGACCACAGGCCGAUGUCGGGUCAGGACCCUUGGACCGACCGCACCUACUCCUGUCUCCGGAACACACACACUGCAAACAUACCUCAACACGCGGGCUAACUACACCGCACACACACUCACACACACACACACACACACACACUUACACUGCAAACAUACCUCAACAUGCGGGCUAACUACACCGCACACACACUCACACACACACACACACUGACACACACACACACACACACACUAUAAACAUACCUCAACAAGCCGGCUAACUACACCGCACACACUCACACACUGUAAACAUACCUCAACAUGCCGGCUAACUUACCCCUAGAUCUGGUCUUAGAGACCCACACCCACUGGCUGUCUGUUUGCUCAUGCACUUACUUCCACACUCAUGCAGGCGUAGUCCAAGGCCAAGUCUUUAUCCUGAUGUACUGUGUGUGUGUGUGUGUGUGUGUGUGUGUGUGUGUGUGUGUGUGUGUGUGUGUGUGUGUGUGUGCCAUGUAUCCGUGUGACGUGACGUGACGUGAUUGUGUGUGUCUCUGUGAUGAUGCAGAGAGGAGCUGUUCCUGUUGACUGUCUCUGCAUGUGUAUGCCUUACUGCUGUCAGACACGGAUCAGUGUGUGUGUGUGUGUGUGUGUGAAACUGUGGGACUCCUCAUCCUGUAUUUAAGCUGAAGACCGACUGGAUGGGUCCGUUUGGAAAAGACAAAACUGUUCCUGACUGUUCCUGACUGUUCUCGUUUGGCGUUGAGUGUGGCUUGUCCUUGACUGUUCCUCAUCUUAUCUCAUAUACUCCAGGUGUUAUAAGCUAAGUGUGUGUAUUUAUGUAUUUGGACCUUGACAGGAUGUGCUGAGGGGUCUCCAGUGUGACCCGUGUUCAGUCCCUGCGGGGGCUUUUAAAGGUGGAUGAGAAUAAGAGUACAGUGCAUAUCAUAUACUGGUGCAGUUGCAUGUUUAAACAUUAGCCGAUGCUUAGAGCUGAAUGUUGUCAUGUUGCCAUGUGAACGUUGAAAUAAUAUCAAAACAAACAAAUAUGUCUGAUAUGGUCAAAUAAAGUCAGAAAUCUCUGUGAUGAUGA